AUGAAACCAAUACAAUUCAUGCCUCGGACUCAUAUUUUGGAUACGACUCGGAAACGGACCGGACAACUGGAAUACAGGAUUGGGACAUGGAAUAUUAGAUCACUUUAUAAACCAGGCGCACUUAAGUCUAUAAGUGAUGCGGUGAAGAAAUACAAGAACGUUCAAAUAGUGGCGCUGCAGGAGGUCAGGUGGCCAGGGGAAGGAGACAUGAGAACCAAUGGAAUGACAUUAUUCUAUAGUGGACCAUCCAAUGGAAAGCAUGAGAAUGGAGUGGGUUUUUUAGUAAAUGACCAGUUGUUACCUUCUAUAAAGAAAUUUACUCCAGUAAAUGAUCGCAUCUGUCAUAUUCGUAUAGCCGGUAAACAAUAUGACAUUAUACUGAUAUGUGUAUACUCACCCACAGAAACGGGUGAAGAAGACCUGAAGGAUAUGUUUUAUGAUUAA